UGGGAAGGGCAGGAGUCAGUUUGGGUCUAUCACGGAGGUGGGGGCGGAGUCCGGCGGCCCCUUUAAUCGGGGGCGCGCGCUGGCCAGCCCGCGCGCUCUCGCCGCCGUCACCGGGCCGGAGCGGGAGCCAGAGCAGAGCCGAGGCCAGAGCGGGAGGAAUGGAGCCCUCGCGCGCGCCCGCGCUGCGCCGCCUGCUGCCGCCGCUCCUGCUCUUGCUCCUGCCGCUGUCCCCCCGCGCCCGGGCCAAGUACGUGCGGGGCAACCUCAGCUCCAAGGAGGACUGGGUGUUCUUGACAAGAUUUUGUUUCCUCUCCGAUUAUGGCCGACUGGACUUCCGAUUCCGAUACCCCGAGGCUAAGUGCUGUCAGAACAUCCUCCUCUAUUUUGAUGACCCAUCCCAGUGGCCAGCUGUGUACAAGGCAAGGGACAAGGACUGCUUGGCCAAGGAGUCUGUCAUCAGGCCGGAAAACAACCAGGUCAUCAACCUCACCACCCAGUAUGCCUGGUCAGGCUGUCAGGUAGUGUCCGAGGAGGGGACUCGCUACCUGAGCUGCUCCAGUGGCCGCAGCUUCCGCUCUGUGCGUGAAAGAUGGUGGUAUAUCGCACUCAGCAAGUGUGGGGGAGAUGGACUGCAGCUGGAGUAUGAGAUGGUCCUUACCAACGGCAAGUCCUUCUGGACACGGCACUUCUCAGCCGAUGAAUUUGGGAUCCUGGAGACGGAUGUGAUCUUUCUCCUCAUCUUCACCCUCAUCUUCAUCCUCUCUUGUUACUUUGGAUAUUUGCUGAAAGGUCGACAGCUACUCCAUACAACUUAUAAAAUGUUCAUGGCUGCAGCAGGAGUGGAGGUCCUGAGCCUCCUGUUUUUCUGCAUCUACUGGGGCCAGUAUGCCACAGAUGGCAUUGGCAAUGCGGGCCUGAAGAUCUUGGCCAAGCUGCUCUUCUCCUCCAGCUUCCUCAUCUUCCUGCUCACACUCAUCCUUCUGGGGAAGGGAUUCACGGUGACACGAGGCCGCAUCAGCCACUCGGGCUCCGUGAAGCUGUCUGUGUACAUGACCCUGUACACCCUCACCCACGUGGCGCUGCUUAUCUACGAGGCAGAAUUCUUUGAUCCAGGCCAGGUACUGUACACAUACGAAUCUCCAGCUGGCUACGGGCUCAUCGGGCUGCAGGUGGCUGCCUAUGUGUGGUUCUGCUACGCUGUGCUGGUGUCCCUUCGUCACUUUCCUGAGAAACAGCCCUUUUAUGUGCCCUUCUUUGCCGCCUACACUCUCUGGUUCUUUGCUGUCCCUGUCAUGGCCCUGAUCGCCAAUUUUGGGAUCCCGAAGUGGGCCCGAGAGAAGAUCGUCAACGGCAUUCAGCUGGGGAUCCACUUGUAUGCCCACGGCGUGUUUCUGAUCAUGACUCGCCCAUCUGCUGCCAACAAGAACUUCCCAUACCAUGUGCGAACUUCGCAGAUCGCCUCGGCCGGGGGCCCGGGGCCCGGAGGGAGUCAACCGGCAGACAAAGCAUUCCCGCAGCACGUCUACGGAAACGUGACGUUCAUCAGCGACUCGGUGCCCAACUUCACGGAGCUCUUCUCCAUCCCCCCGCCCACCUCCUCUGUAAGCUCCGCAGCCCCGGCGCCCGAGGAGCUGCUGGCGCCGCCCCUGGAGUACCUGACCCCGCUCCCCGCCCCGCCGCCGCCCCCUGCACCCUGUCGCCUGAGCCCGCCCCUGGCCUUCCGUACUCCCCGCGCCCCAACGCCCCGACUCGACCGUCCCCCGGCGCCCGCGCCCACCCUGCCCGACUGGGUCCUGGCUCUAUUGCGCACACCCCCGAGGACGCCCCGCGCCGUGCCCCCGCCGCCCGCCUUCCGAGGCUGGUCCCCAUCUCCCCCACCGCCGCCGGAGUUUGCCCGGCGCACCCCGACGCCACCCCUUGAGUACCUGGCCCCGCUGCCCAGGCGCCCAGCCACCCACUCCUUCCCUGAGUGACACGUGCGUCCAUUCCUGGGGUGGUGGGAGUCCUCUGGGA